AGAUUAUAUCCUGAAAGAUCUGCUCUUGCCGAACAUGUUAAUAAAGAACAUCACAAAAUGAAUUACGAAUCGGUCAGAGUUUUAGCUUCUGAAUCCAACUAUACUAAAAGACUGUUCUUAGAGAUGGCUUUCAUUUCGCAGAAUUCUAAUGCAAUGAACAAAAGGAGUGACAUAAAUCAAUUAAGCUCUAUUUACUCAUAUCUAUUAUGUUUGGACAACUAUCCUCAUUUCAAUGAUGUCUUUUCAACUGAUUCAUUGUAAAGUUUCCAGCUUUCAGUACAUUGAAAUGUAAAUUAUUUAUAAUUUUGGUUUUUAACUUCAAACAAAACUCUGGUAAAUUUUUGAUGUGUAUUCUUAAAGUAUUAGUACUACAUAAGACAAAGAAAAAAAGAAGAAGUGGUGUCAUUUGCGUAUGUCCAGGAAUGACAUUGACUUCUAACCUCACAUUUCACACUUGCCGGCACACGUGGCAUGUAAACCUUUUUAAUUGUCUUUUUCUUAUGUGUUAGUGUAGAAAAUAAUUUGUCAAUUUGGUCUUUUACACCAUGUAUUUUUUAAUAUUUGACUCAAUCAAUGAGUGGUGCGUGAAUUUGUCACCUGUGAGUAUAACAUCCACGGAAAGCAAAUCUCAAUAACUUAUUCCUGAUGAUGAAAAUAAACAUUUUCGAAAGCUUGAAACUUAGUUAAAAGAGUACACUUAUUUCACCGCUGCAUAUCCCAAUAACCUCAGAAUUCCGUUUUCUACGUUGUCAGCAAAGACUUCUUUUCCUUUUCUUUUUAAGGCAUGGGAUUUUAUCAGAACAUCGCAUAUCGCUAUGGUGACCUCGCUGUACGGGCACUCAAGGAUUGGUCAAAGACUAAACAAAAAUUGGCAAGAGAAUACAAUAAAAGAUGUUUUUUAUUAAGAUGUAGAUCAUCAAACAUUUCACCUACACACAUCAUACACUCCACUUCAUCCAUCACUAAAUUAUUACAAAGACAGGACAUCCAGUCGAACAAGGAUGCUUUACAAUUUACCAGGUUAGAAAACAGAAUUUUGAAUUUAGAAAUUUCUAAUUGCAUUAAAGUCAUUAACAAUUUAGAGUCUAAUUUAUCUAAACUCAAAAGAGACAUCAUUGACUUUACUUCUGAAUUCAUUUUUAACAACUUUUCUAGUAAACAACAAGUUUUAUAUAACAAAACUUUUCAUAAAACCAAAUUAGUAAAUACUAACAAAUAUAAUAGAUUAUUUAAUCAAGAACUGAACUUGAAACUAAAGACAAAACCGGGUUGGAUUAAGAACCUCUCCAAUGUAACCUUGCCCGAUGAUAUUUCUAGAUUUUUGUCUUUGGGUCCAAAGUUCAGUAUAGAACCUAUAGUAGGGAAAGAUAUCCCUAUCAGGGAUAUGUUGGCUGACGUUGAAACAAUUAUGCACUCUGUCACGGAUGCACAACUGAGGGACGUACUAGUAGCUAAAUCUACGUACAUCAUUACUGAUUAUGUACAUAAAAAUAACAGUAAGAGUAGCUUUAACUUCUACAGAGCUAUGUUACAUAAAACUCGUAAGUUUCUUAGUGAAAACACUAACAUUAUUGUCAUGCCUUCUGACAAAUGUAAUGUAACUGUAGUUCUGGAGAAGCAGAGAUACUUAGAUCUAUGUCUCGAAUUGCUAAAUUCUGAUAACAUAUAUGAGAGAUUGAACAGAGAUCCAACUAAUACUGUUCAAACUAAAUGCAAUAACCUCAUCAAGGAAUUAUGCAGUUCGGGACAAAUAGAUGAUGAUACAAAGAAAAAAUUAACAGGGUAUAAGGGUGUCAUACCCAAGUUUUACGCUUUACCUAAGAUUCAUAAACCACAGCUUUCGGUACGUCCCAUUGUUGCAUGCAUUGGUUCACCUACUAAUUUAUUAGCAUCUUUUUUGACUGAGAUUUUGACCAAUGCAUAUGUCUCUAAUGAAUAUGACGUAAAAAGUUCUUUUGAUGUCUUUAACAGCUUUAACAACUAUCAGUUACCUGAGGGCUAUGUUAUUAUCAGUCUGGAUGUAGUCUCUUUGUUCACUAAUGUACAUCUAGAUGCAGCCUUAAUAGCUGUUGAAAACAAUUGGAAUUUUAUUAGUUCUCAUUGCAAUAUUGGCUUGGAAUCUUUCAAAAAACUCAUCUCCUUUCUUUUUAACAACACCUAUUUCACAUUUAAUAAUACUGUGUUUAGACAAACACAAGGGACUCCUAUGGGAGGUACUAUCUCUCCCAUUCUGGCCUGUUAUGUGAUGGAUCAUUUACUGGAUAUGGUGAUCCCAGAAUUGUCCUUCUAUAUUCCUUUUGUUAAAAAGUAUGUGGAUGACUUAAUCCUCGCUAUUCCUAGCAAUAGAUCAGCUGAAAUUUUGCAAGUAUUCAAUAGUUAUGACCCUCUAUUACAGUUCACAAUUGAACAUGAGGAUGAUCUAUGCUCAGUCCCCUUUCUUGAUACCCGGUUUAUUAGAACCCAUAACAACUCCCUGAGAAUUGACUGGCAUAGAAAACCUCAUAGUUCUGGACGUUUUCUUAACUAUUGGUCAUAUCAUCGACACUCAAUAAAAAUCAACUUGAUUAAGCAAAUGAAGGCUAGAAUCAUAGCUAUCAGUGAUCCUUCUUGCCAUCAGAAGAACCUGAGAAUCCUGUCUAACCUUUUUAUCGACAACUCUUAUCCAAAACACCUAGUCACCAAGAUAUUAUUCAGUUUGACCCCUGACAUAAUACGCCAUAAUGAUGAGUUGCAAAUUACUGUUGCAAGCGGAGAACAAAAUGCCAAUUGUUUAUAUACUUCUUUAAAAUACGUGAAAGGCAUAACACCCAGACUGGCUAGACUGUUUAAAGACAUCCCUAACUUGAAAAUAGCCUUUAAAACAUCUUUAACUUCACGAUCUAUAUUUUCAAAGGUUAAGGACAAGAGUGACAUUAGGGAUUGUUCUAACGUUGUCUACCAGAUUCCCUGUAACAACUGUAAUUUGGUAUAUGUUGGACAAACCGCACGCAAUUUAGGUAGUCGUUUAGUUAGUCACCGCAGUGAUAGCAGAUUAUAUCCUGAAAGAUCUGCUCUUGCCGAACAUGUUAAUAAAGAACAUCACAAAAUGAAUUACGAAUCGGUCAGAGUUUUAGCUUCUGAAUCCAACUAUACUAAAAGACUGUUCUUAGAGAUGGCUUUCAUUUCGCAGAAUUCUAAUGCAAUGAACAAAAGGAGUGACAUAAAUCAAUUAAGCUCUAUUUACUCAUAUCUAUUAUGUUUGGACAACUAUCCUCAUUUCAAUGAUGUCUUUUCAACUGAUUCAUUGUAAAGUUUCCAGCUUUCAGUACAUUGAAAUGUAAAUUAUUUAUAAUUUUGGUUUUUAACUUCAAACAAAACUCUGGUAAAUUUUUGAUGUGUAUUCUUAAAGUAUUAGUACUACAUAAGACAAAGAAAAAAAGAAGAAGUGGUGUCAUUUGCGUAUGUCCAGGAAUGACAUUGACUUCUAACCUCACAUUUCACACUUGCCGGCACACGUGGCAUGUAAACCUUUUUAAUUGUCUUUUUCUUAUGUGUUAGUGUAGAAAAUAAUUUGUCAAUUUGGUCUUUUACACCAUGUAUUUUUUAAUAUUUGACUCAAUCAAUGAGUGGUGCGUGAAUUUGUCACCUGUGAGUAUAACAUCCACGGAAAGCAAAUCUCAAUAACUUAUUCCUGAUGAUGAAAAUAAACAUUUUCGAAAGCUUGAAACUUAGUUAAAAGAGUACACUUAUUUCACCGCUGCAUAUCCCAAUAACCUCAGAAUUCCGUUUUCUACGUUGUCAGCAAAGACUUCUUUUCCUUUUCUUUUUAAGGCAUGGGAUUUUAUCAGAACAUCGCAUAUCGCUAUGGUGACCUCGCUGUACGGGCACUCAAGGAUUGGUCAAAGACUAAACAAAAAUUGGCAAGAGAAUACAAUAAAAGAUGUUUUUUAUUAAGAUGUAGAUCAUCAAACAUUUCACCUACACACAUCAUACACUCCACUUCAUCCAUCACUAAAUUAUUACAAAGACAGGACAUCCAGUCGAACAAGGAUGCUUUACAAUUUACCAGGUUAGAAAACAGAAUUUUGAAUUUAGAAAUUUCUAAUUGCAUUAAAGUCAUUAACAAUUUAGAGUCUAAUUUAUCUAAACUCAAAAGAGACAUCAUUGACUUUACUUCUGAAUUCAUUUUUAACAACUUUUCUAGUAAACAACAAGUUUUAUAUAACAAAACUUUUCAUAAAACCAAAUUAGUAAAUACUAACAAAUAUAAUAGAUUAUUUAAUCAAGAACUGAACUUGAAACUAAAGACAAAACCGGGUUGGAUUAAGAACCUCUCCAAUGUAACCUUGCCCGAUGAUAUUUCUAGAUUUUUGUCUUUGGGUCCAAAGUUCAGUA